AUGACGAGCUGGGCCAACUCCGCCGCAAAGUCGGUCAGUUGGUCCCUAAACUUGAUGUACUCGUCCGGCGUCGCCUUUUCCGAGAUUUCGACCGAUCCACUGGCUCCGCUGGCCAGUACAACGAUCGUGUCGUUGGUCGACAUGUCGCCAUCGACCGAGAUGGAGUUGAAGGAGCGAUCGACGGCGUACGUGAGCGCGUCCUGCAGAGAGGCGGGGGUGACGGCAGCGUCGGUGGCGAUCAUGCCGAGCAGUGUCGCAUGCGGUGGGCCCAUGUUGGGGUGGAUCAUCCCUGCUCCCUUGUCGAUGCCGACCAUCCUGACUUCCUUGCCGCCGAGUUCAAAGGACCGGGUGGGGGAACGUAUCGGUCGUCAUGAAAGCCUUUGCGGCAUCGUCAGGGUUCCCCAUUAG